ACCCCUGACAUGGACCCUAUAUAGCAUACAUAUAUACAUAGUAACAUUGUAUUUGCUAUAUUCGGACGUGUUUCAUUACAGAACGCAACAUAAGUUCUGAAUGGCCACUGUCCAAGAAACACAAAACUCACAUUCAUCGACUACUAAAAAUGAACAUCUACCAUUAGUUUAUUACCAUCGAUCACCAAGUUUCAACUUCUCCAUAAAUCAAUGGCUCGAACCCAGCUUCCGGCUUCUCGAACCCGAUCACCCGGAAUUCUCUUCUCUUUCUCAAACCGUCAAGGCCCUUGUGGUUGUGGGUCCCACUCCACUCACCGGAGAGACUCUCGACAAGCUUCCGGGUGUGGAGAUAGUGGUGGGUACCAGCGCCGGCGUGAACCACAUGGAUGUCGCUGAGUGUCAUCGCCGUGGCGUCAAAGUCACCAACGCCGGAGAUGCUUUCUCUGAAGAUGUUGCCGACUAUGCUGUUGGCUUGUUGGUUGAUGUUCUCCGGCGAGUUUCUGCCGCCGAUCGUUUUGUUCGGGCUGGCUUGUGGCCACUUAACGGAGUCUACCCUCUUGGUUCUAAGUUAGGGGGCAAGGUCAUUGGAAUCAUCGGACUGGGAAGAAUCGGCUCUGAGAUUGCCAAAAGGCUGGAAGCAUUUGGUUGCGUAAUCGCCUACAAUUCAAGGAACAAGAAGCCGCAUGUUUCAUACCCUUAUUACGCCAAUGUUAAUGACCUUGCAGCCAACAGUGAUGUUCUCAUUGUUUGCUGCGCAUUAACCAAAGAAACUCAUCACUUGAUUAACAAGGAUGUUAUGACUGCUUUAGGAAAGACUGGAGUUGUCAUUAAUGUGGGUCGUGGAGCUCUCAUUGAUGAGAAGGAACUUGUCAAGUUUUUGGUGCGAGGUGAGAUUGGAGGAGCAGGUCUUGAUGUUUUCCAGGACGAACCUAGAGUGCCAGAAGAGCUAAUUGGAUUAGACAAUGUUGUUUUAUCUCCUCAUAGAGCUGUUGCGACCCCGGAAUCUAUGGUUGCAUUAAGAAAUGUGGUCAUUGGAAAUUUAAGCGCGUUCUUUGCAGAUAAGCCUUUGCUGUCCCAGAUCAUGCCUGAGUGAAGAUAUUCUACCCUUGUUGUCUCACUUAUAUUGUAAACUUCUGAAGCAUAUAUACUUAACUAUAUUGAUCAUUGAUAGGAAAAGAUAAUUGCAAUAUGCUGCAGGCAAUUUUGUCCUUGCUCAAAAUGAUUAAAAUAAUGCUACCAAUAGCUGGCUAAGCUUCUUUUCAUUGAUCAUUAACAUAUAAUUAAUUUUCUUUAUACAGUAA